AUGAAUCAUUCACAAUUAGGUAGCUAUUCUCCUAUUCUUCAGUCAAAUAAGCAGUUAACUCGUUCCUAGUACUAAGAGAAUAAAAAUAUUCCUAGUUCGAAUCCAGUUAGAAAAAUUCAAUAUGAUUAACCUGCAUCAAUUCAUUUAAUGAAACCUAAGGUAGAUCCUUCUUAGUAAAUAUACUACUUUGCAAAUAUAACUCCCUAGCAAAGCAAUCCUAACAAUAACUCUUCCUAUAUGACUUACUAAAGCAAUCCUCCUGUAACAGCAUCAAAGAGUCCUAUUUCUAAGUCUAGAUAGGUUACUCCUUCAAGAACUCCUCUAAGAAAUAAUAAUCAACAAAGCACACCUAGUAACAAUGGAUAGAGCGCUUACUAUAAUACGAAUAAUAGUCAAUUACCUACUAACAAUGAAAAUUUAGAUUCUAUUAAUAAUAACAUGAGCUAAUUAUUAGAAAGAGUGGACAACUUAGAGCAACAGUUUGAACAAGAAAAGCGUUAAUCUCGCUAUGUUAGUAGCAGUAAAUAUUAAUCCUAGCCUCAGCAAGAACAAGAAAGAGUUAAGCACUCUAAAAACAAAAAUAACAAUAGCGGAUUUUUCUCAUGUGUUAGUUAAACCCAUGAUGAAACUCCUUAGCAAUAAGCAAACCUAAAUGAUGACUCCACUUAGAUAAGAUAUCUCGAAUCAGAAGUUAUGAAUUUGAAGCAUGAGAGAAAGGCAAUUUAGCAAGAGCAUGAAUAAGAAGUUAAGAGUUUAAGAAAUGACUUAUAUAUACUCUAGCAACAAGUAGAGGAAUUAAAAGUAUCUAAGAUGUAGAAAGGAGUUAAUGAAGAAAUUGAUCAAUAGAAUCUUUACAAGCUAUUAGAAUUAGAAAAAAAAAAUUAAGAAUAAAUAUAAUAACUGCUUUAGUAGAGAGAUUUAGAGAUUAAUAAGCUUAAAUAAGUAAUUGCUUAGCAAAAUGGAGACUUAGGCUAAAAGCUUAAUGAAAUGACUAGUAGAAACGCAGAACUUUAAAAAUAAAAUAUAGAACUUGCAUAAAGGUUGCAAGAAAUGGCUAAUAUUGGGCAGCAGAUAGAUUAUCUUAAUGAUUAGUUAAAAAAGAAAAAUUAAGAGGUUUAAACUCUCAAAUAGAAUAAUGCUCAAUUAGAAGAAUAAGUUCAGUUGCUUUAAAAAAUAAAUGAUAGUCUGAAAAGUAAUUAGGAAAAUAAUCAAAAAUUUAAAGAAAUUGAAUAGCAUUGCCUUGUACUUGCAGGAGAAUUAGAUAAAAUGAAUUAACUCAUUUCAUAAAAGAAUUAAGAAGUUCAGGCUUUGUAAAAUCUUUCUGAGUUGAAAAAUAAAGAAAUUUAAAAUACCAAAAAUGAAAAUAUCAUCUUAAUGGAGAAAAUAGGAAAUCAAAGCAAUCGCAUCAAAUAACUUGAGAAGGAAUUAUUUGAAUAAGGUAAUAAGAUGAAAAUGUAUAGUGAUGAAUUAGAUAAGUUAUAAACUGCUAUUCAAACACAAACAAAUGAUACUAUGAGAGUAAAUGAGAAAAUUAUAAAGGAAAAUGGCCAGUUGCAAAAUGCGAUUUCUGAGCUUAAGAUACAAAUUAAUAAAUAUGAGGCUGAAUAAAUACGUUUACAAGGUGUUAAUUAAUAGUUAACUAUAGUUGCAUAAUCAUAAGAAUAGAAAAUUAAGGAACUAGAAGAAUAAGAAUAUUUAAAUUAGGACUCACAAAGGUAAAUAAAAGAUCUAUAGAACUAAAUUUCUCAAAAAAAUAAUGAAAUAGCUCUAAAGGAAUCAACAAUUAAGUUAUUGAAUGAUAAGUUGAAUGACUUAGAAGCAAAAAACAGACAGAAAGUAGAUGAUUUAACACAGCAAUACCAAUCGUUAAUUAGGGAUAGCGACAAAACAUAAGAAAUCUAAACUUUAUAAAAGCAAAUAUUUGAUCUGAAAAAUUACUAAUAGAAACUCUUAGAGGAUAACACAAAGCUUGCUUUUGAAUUAGAUCAACUUGCAAAGAAUCAACAGUAGGAAAUAAACAAACAGCUCGAAUAACUUGAAAGAAAUUUAAUGGCUCAGAACAUAAAAGAAAAGGAGUAACUAUUAUCAUAGCUUAAUUCAGUUAGGAAUCAACUUUAGAUAGAGAUGGAGAAAAAUAGAGAACUUCAGUCAGAAAUGAGUUUAAAUGAAUAGGUUAAGAAAUCUAAGAUUUAAUAAAAUGAAGAUUUGGUUAAGAAAGAAAAGGAGAAUUUGGAGAAUUAAAUCAAAAUAUUAAAUGCAGAUAAAUUUGAUAGUGAUUUAAAAAUAAAAAAUUUGGAAAGAGACAAUAAUGAACUGACUAAUGCUUUGAAGCAAAGUGAUUAAAUUAUAUAAGUUCUUUAAAAUUCUAUGGAGGAAUCUAAAAAGCACACUUCUCACCAAUAAAAAUAAGACUAAGAACUUAAAAAGAGUGAAGAAGAAAAAAAGAAACUUUAGUAGGAGAAUGAUAAUCUAAAAAAAGAAAUUGAUUUGUUGAGAUAAUAAAUUAAUCAGCUGAAUAAUACAAUUGCUUAUAAUGAACAAGAAAAGAAACGUCUAAGUUAAGAUCUUGAAUACAAGUAAAAUGAGCUUUAAAGAUUGCAACAAAAAUAUAGGGAUAUGGAAAAUGAGCUAAAUAGUAAAUUAAUAGAUGCAUAAAAUGCCAUAGAGUAAAACAAAAGAGAUUACUAAGACAUAGAUGAUCUUUUAAUAGAGCACAAUGCUGAAAAAACCUCUCUUGAAACACAUAUCCUUAAGCUAAAGAGCUAAGUAAAUGAAUUGGAGUAGGAAGUUAUUAGAUUAACUCAAGAAAAUAAAAUUUUAGCUGCUUAAGGAGUAGAACGUUUAAAUAUGAUUGAAAAUUGGAAAAAAUCUAACUCAACUCAACCCAUAUAUGGAGGAGUUAAUGGCGAGCUUAAUCAAAAAAUUUAAACUUUAGAAGAAAACUUGUUGAAAGAAACGCAUUAAAAAGCAUCUUUAUAAAAUUAGUUAGUAAAAUAUGAGGAAGAUUUGAAAAAUAGAGAGAAAGAAGUUACAGAACUGUAUAAGUUAAUUGAGAAAAGAAAAAAUGAAUAAGUAGGCUAAAAGAGCAUUUCCGAAGAAGUUAAAGCAGAAAACGAGAAACUGAGAGAAAAGCUUAAGUAAGCAGAAGCUGAAAACCUUAUAAAAACUGAAUACUAUGAUCGUUGGUUACUUGAGAACGACGAACUGCGAAGACAAGUUAAUUAUUAUAAGGAAUAAUUAAAGAAUGUGGAAGAAAGCAUUAGAGUCAAAAGUAUGUAAAUAGAUGAAAAUCUCAGUGAAGUUAAGCACUUGAAAAGCAAGUAUGAAGAAGUAAUUAAUGAAUCAAAAUCUCAUAAUUCUUUGAGCCCUUAUUCAUUUUUAAGGAAAGAAAACUAAAAUUCCUUUAUAAAUGCAGAUAAAGAAUAGAAUUAGCCAUUCAUCAGUAACAAAAGCAGCAUACUAGAUUAAGGAGGAAACAAGCACUUUUUAUCAAAUUACAUUAUAAAUGAUUUUAACAGUGCCUUUACAACUCCUAAUAAUGGAAGCAUAGUCAACACUAUAAAUAACCCUUAGUCUAAUGCAAGUAAUCCUACUUACAGUAACGUUAGCACAAAUAAUUACAAUAGCAAUCCAAUUAACAUAUAAACUAACAUAUAAACUCCAAAUAGUGAUGCUAAUAAAAACAAUGAAAUUAACAGCCCUUUUACAGCUAAUUUAAAUAGUGAUUACAAAAUGAAACCCUAAAAUUUUGCACAAGAAUCUGAAAAGAGAUCUCCAAUCAGUAUAUAUGAUUAUUCCUCAGCAGCAACAACAACUGCAGCAGCAUCAGGUCCAGCUACUGGCUUCGCAACUACCAAGAGUAGUAGCAAUAAUCUAUUAUAGCCAGGUGAAGUCUAAAGAUAAAGAUACAACAGUAGUUAUGAACCUACUCAACCUUAAUAUAAAAAUACAAAUAUAAAAUUAAAUUAUGAUGCAUAUAAAUUUUAAUGA